UCAUGUGAAAGAUGCAGGUUAUUAGUAGUGGGCGAUCACUUUGGAUAUACACUCUGUUUGUUACUUCUGUACAACUUUGGGGAAGAUUUUCUGGUUCAUAUUCCUCUUAUAUUCAUCCGGCACCAAGCCUGGAAAUCUAUAAGAAGUCAAGAGACUCUGUGGUCCUGAUCUGCCAGGCCCCAAAGGGCUAUCAUGGUGUUCUGUUCAAGUUAUACAGGAACAGAGAGCAGGUGGACUCUCAGGAGCUGCAGUCGGCUGCUGAGCAGGUCCAGUUCACUGUCGAGGUGAAUUCAGGCCCAGAUGAAAUGUUCUGCUGUUUAUACAAAGACCGGGAAGGCUGCUACAGCGCUUUCAGUCCCUAUUUGCAAGUGAAGCAGCAAAGCGAUGCUGCCCCUACUCGCUCCAUACCCUCUUUCUCUCUUCCCGUCCUGUCAGUGGAGCCCUCUACUGGUGCGGUUAAACGUGGAGAUAUGCUGUCCUUCAGCUGCUCAGUCUCUGCACUCCCACAGCAGCUUCAGUCUCACUUCGGCAAUAACAAGGGAACACUGACCUUCCUUUUGCUGAGGACUACUGAGCGAACAGGGGCCACAUCUGUUAUCCGCCAGCUCCCGGGCAGUCUGGUAUCCAGCCCUGAACCCCAGCCAGGAGUCUUCACUGUGGGGCCGGUGAGAGGAGGAGAGGAGGGCGAAUACACCUGCCUCUACCAGUUCACCACAGAAAGGCAAUUGGUUAAUUCAACUGUUAGCAACGUGGUUCAAGUUACCAUCACAGACAUGCUGCCGCUGCCCACCCUUGUCCUCCAGGAGCAAACUGAUGUGUGGCACUUGCUCUGCACAGGGUCUCCUGCAUACCCUGGUGCCGUGUUCUCCCUCUACCUAGAGGAUAACGAAGUUCCUGUUGCCACUUACCAUGCCAAAAUGUUCCACCAUCAGGCCACUUUCCCAGUGCCUGUCCAGGACACUCCAGUGGCUUCAUACAAGUGCCAGUACAGUGUCCUGCUGGGAGAAAGGUGGAGCCAUUCGGAGCCCAGCCGCCCUCUGGCUGUAACCAGAGGAAUGACCCCUCCUUCAUCAUCAGAUGUGUCAGGCGUGGACUGGCCUCUUGUCAUGGGCUCGUUCUCUGCUGUGGUAUUGUUCCUCUGUAUAAUAGCACUCAUUGCUGUGGUGGCACAAAGAAAAGUAAAAGCAGCAGCCAGAGAAAAGAAGAAAAGGCAGGAAGCCCAGCUCUGGACUAGAGUUCAUGCUAAGGACCAUGUGGUUGAUCUCACACUCAGGCGUUUAAGCGUCACCUUUCAGGAUUGGGCUAGUGGGGACACUGCGACAACCUCCAGAACUCCAAUAUGGAACUCUCACUCCACGUUCACGACCCCAGUCCAUCCUGCAUAUUAGAAAUGUUUGAUCUCUCUCUCUCUGUGUGUGUGUGUGUUUAUACUUUAGCAUAGUUUAUCAAUGCAGUCUCAGCUGAAGUCACUCAGCAGGAGAGGAAGGGCUAUUUCCUAACUUCUCUGUGUAGCAGUAAAAUUGUGCAAUUUGACAGGAUACGUGGUUUGUUUAAUCUUACAUGUUACUGAACCAGUGGGUUUAAAUACAGAUUUAUUUUCAUUAUUAUUAUCUUUGUAUGUGGGAGAUGUGUUUUGUGAAUAUCUUGCAUGAAGUUUUAUGGCUUAUUUCCAGCCUUUAAGUUAUGCGAGAGGCUCUUCAUUGAGGGAGAGAGAGCGCCCAGAUGUCAUGGAAGUUCAUUCCAGGUCCUACAUGGACUUUGACACCUGAUUGUUUUGUCAAAUAAUCCAUCACUCUAAUGGUUUAGGUCUAGCUAAUGUUACAUAUAAUUUAAUUGUGCUAUCAGCAGAUUUGCAGGAUAUUCCAGCAGUGUGCUUCCUCACUGUGUAAAAGAAAAUGUCAACGGUUUUUACUGUACAUAGAGGUUUUCUUUUUUUACAAUUACAUAGAAAAAAUAAUUGAACAUUUUAUUUAUAUUGUCUAACACACAGAUAACAAAAUCCUUUACAGGAUUAUGUCAACA